GCGACUUUUAGCACAGCCAAUAGCUACUUUCCUUACUGAGGAGUUGGCAACACUGCACUGGACUAGUCGUAAUGAGAAUGGAGGGAACAGCACUGAUUUACGAUGAAGAGAUGACCAAAUACAAACUGCUCUGGGUCGAUCCUGCAUGUAAGAUUGAAGUGCCUGAGCGUCUGGUGGUGAGUUAUGAAGCUUUGAUCAAAACUGGCCUGGCUGAUCGCUGUGUGUCUGUACCUGUGCGUGAGGCCACCGAUGCAGACAUCCUGCUGGCUCACAGUGAGGAGUACUUGGAGGCAGUGAAGAAGACUCCCUAUAUGACCCUGGAGGAUCUAAAGGAGUUCACCAUGCAGUAUGGUGACGUCUACUUUCAUCCAAAUAUCUAUAACUGUGCCAAGCUGGCUGUCGGAGCUGCCCUGCAGCUUGUAGACAGUGUGAUGACAGGGAAGGUGAGAAAUGGCAUGGCUCUGGUCAGACCACCAGGACACCACAGCAUGCGCAACGCUGCUAAUGGAUUCUGUGUGUUCAAUAAUGUGGCUAUAGCAGCUCAGUAUGCAAAGCAAACAUACGGAGUGAAAAGGAUUUUAAUCGUUGACUGGGAUGUACAUCAUGGUCAGGGGGUGCAGUACAGUUUUGAAGAUGAUCCGAGUGUGCUGUAUUUCUCCUGGCAUCGCUAUGAGCAUCAGAAAUUCUGGCCUAAUCUAAGAGACUCAGACUACGACAAUGUUGGAAAAGAGAAAGGAGCAGGAUUCAAUAUUAAUGUGCCCUGGAAUAAGGUGGGAAUGGAAAACAGCGACUACCUUUCAGUCUUCUGUCACCUCUUUCUGCCUGUUGCAUAUGAGUUUUGCCCAGACUUGGUCCUGGUGUGUGCAGGUUUUGACUCAGCCAUCGGUGACCCAGAGGGUGAAAUGUGUGCUAGCCCGGACAUCUUUGCCCACCUCACUCACCUGCUGAUGAACCUCGCAGGAGGGAAGCUAUGUGCUGUCCUGGAGGGUGGAUACAACUUGACUUCCCUCCCCCAGUCUGUGUGCCAGACAGUUCAAACUCUGCUCGGAGAUCCUUCUCCUCGCCUUGCAAACCUCGAUGGUCCAUGUGAAAGUGCUCUUGAGUCUCUUCAUUGUGUUCGAUCAGUUCACAGGCAGUACUGGUCCUGCCUCCAACAUGCAGCUGAUCUACCCACCUCUGAAAUCAGCACAAAGCGCAUCAAAUUAGCAGCAGAAGAAGAAAAGACAAAAAAUGGGCAAGAGGAGAAAACUGUAGAGGAAAAGGUGUGGCCAGAGCCUCCGAAACGUGUUACUCCUCCUAUACGCACUGCUGUACUCCUCCCUGAUGAUGCUACCUGCCCAGAUGAAUGUAGAAGAUUCAGCUCAUCAGAAGAUCCCGACCCAGAAGUGGUCAACAAACUCAGGGAGAAUUUCCUCAAAACUACAGAUGACACUGAUGCGUUAACAACCCUCUCCAGACUUAUUGCCCUCGCCGAGAAGAUGGAGAAGAACGAGAUCUGCAAUGGCUUGGCUCUGGUCCGUGAUGUUUCCAUGGCGAUGAUGUGUCUUGUUCAGCAUGCUGUAUCUUCCCCUAACAGCCGGGUUCUGGUUGUGUGUGUUGGAGACACAGAAUUCCCAAGUUCAGUCUCAAAUGAUGGGAAAAUGCUCCUGUUUCAAUUCAGCAACAAGAAGUCUGAGGAACAGAAGAGCAAAUACAACAUAACUGUUGAACUGAAAAAGGGCUGCACUGAAGUGUCUGGCUUCAUACACGCUGUACUAAGCCUCCUCCUACCUCUUGCGUACGAGUACGACCCCACUCUGGUUCUGCUGGUUCGAACGGCACAUAGCGGUGUGACUGACAGUAUUUGGCAGCAACUCACAGGGCUGCUGCAGGGCCUGGCACAGGGGCACACGCUGGUACUCAUGCAGGAAGCUGAAAAAGCCUGUGUCAGCCCCACAGCCUCCUCUCUCCUCGGUCACGCUGCUCCCUCUCUGGGGCAGCUAAACGCUCCGCUACUUGAGGAUGUGGAGAUGAUGGAGAGGUUGAGACACAGGCUGCAGGUGGACUGGAAGCUCCUGCAGACUACAGCUCCAGAAACAGGAGGAGGUGUUGAACACUGAAGAUGAAUCUGCUCUGUUCAGUGAAGAAAUCGGAGGAAGCGCUGAGUUUUUCCACAGGUUUUAUUGUCCUAACAGACCUUUUAAAAAAACAAACUGAGCCAUAAAAUUACAUUUCAAGUGUCUUUAUAUUCAACAUUACAACGGCUGUAAAACAGUUGCAAAUCAAUUUCCUUCUCAAUAUUUGUUUUAUUUCAAAUUUAUGUCAUCAGUACAACACACAGGCAAACAAAACAAAUAGGAACAACAGCAUAGGCUGGGUAACAACUUUAUUUAUAACUAUUUUCUGUUCAAAAAGGGUGUAGGAUGAAGUAAAAACAAUCAUUUGCUAUCAUCCUCUUCUUUUAGGCUUGCAGUUGUGUAUUUUAUUCCAUGACAGUAUAUAUUUUAUAAUGUCUUUAUACAAAGUGAAACAAUCUUAAUGUAGAAAUUAAUAAUUCUAGAUUAAUGCCUGGAAAUAUUAACAGCAAUAUUACUCUCUACAUCACGUAAGAGGAAGGGAAAAGCUCAGGUUAAGUUCAAGUACCUCAAGUCUACCUCAGUCUGUUAUCAUUACUUUACUGUACACUCUAUUAUUACACACACUUAAACAAUCAUUAAUGGUGCUUUAUCUAUAAGCCUGUAUUAGCUUUUGCUGCUUUGUUUUUUCUACCCUUCUCUUUCUUACUGCAUUUACCUUUAUCUUAAUGUGAGUCUAGUUCUACUCAAAGUUUACAGAAACUUUCUUCUUGUCACUGUUGCUCUGCUAAAUGUUGCUUAGUGUAACUAAUGCGUGGGAAUGUGGGGAAGCAGAAAAUCAAAAUAAGACAUGCAUACCCAUUUGUGGGUCCUGGGUCCAAAAUAACCAAUCAUAGAGAUGCACAAAAGCUCUGCACACCAGGGGUUCCAGUCAGAGGAUUAUUUAGCUGCAGCAGGCAACAUUUUAUGGCAACAUGCUCUUCCUCACGCUGGCAAUAAAUCCUCUAACAGGGGCUUCCUGGAGUGCAGACCUUUUUGCUUUUCUAUAAUGCAGAGAACAGAGUACUAUACACGUUUUACAGGUUUUCCAUACUUCCUUUCAUUAGUUACUGAGUAGAAGUGUUUGGAACACAGACACAGAUUCAUUUACGCUUAGAAACCAUCAUUUAGCAAACAGAAUCCAAAGGCUUUAUUCAACAGAGGAAAAGUAAUUCAUCUCAGAAGUGUAUAUUAAACUAAAGAAUAAGCACUGCAUAUUUCAUGUGGGAAAUUCAUCCUUUUUCCAUCCCUGUUUGGCAUUGGCAGAGAAGACUGAUCAUAUUUCACAUGGGUGCAACACAGACUCAGCUCUGCUGCUCAUCCCACAAAUACAUGUUCCUUGCAAAUGUGGCACCAUUCAAAAGGGAAAUAAACAGGCUUUCCAUUAGUAUAACAUUUAUUUCCAAGAAGCAUUGUGACAACAAAGAAAUAAUCUACCUAAUUCAAAUCUACUUACCUUUUGUUGUAAUUUUAUUUAACACCUACAAAAGUGUUAACUAUAUGGAGUGUGGACCAAUAAAGACACU